UUGAGAAAGUUGGACAAGGGACCUUGUAGAUUUAACAGAGGGUUAUUGUAGGCGAAACUAGAGUAUUUAGUUGUUCAGUUAAUAAAUAAGCAUAAGUUUGCGCUUUUCGAGUUUGCUAUCGACCAAUACCUGCAUUAUUAUUAGAAAAUUGAUUCUUCUGACAAUAGUGCCUUAAAAUAGAAAAAUUUCUUGGAGACAGGAAUGAUCAUGCUGAGGAGGUCUGCGUGAUGAUAUCUCUAGUUAUAUACCGAAGAGCUUGGAAACUUGCAGGUGGCAAGAUCAAAUGCCCUGUUUAAUUUGAAAUAUUUUUUGAGGUGACUGUUUAAUUUGGAAUAGAGAGGGCUCUUGAGCCAGCAAGAGAGCCAACUCUGAUCUUGUGAACCUGACUCUGCCAAACCUUCAGGCUUGCAUGCUUAUUUCUAUUUCCAUAGUAUGAUCUUUCAUCUUUUCGGUAGAGAGAUUCCUUUUAAACUAUCGUUUUUCCUUGCAAGAACAUCUGUGAUACAAUUAGGUGGAGGCUGAGAGGAGACUUCUAGCUCUGUGUAGAUGGAAGUUUUAUUGAUCUCGAGCUAUGCAGCUGAAGGAAGUGAACAAUGAGCAACCAUGAGCUUUCAUCAAGCCACCAUUCCAUUUCAGCUCUGCUUAGCCACAGGAGCAUAAUUUGUUCUCUGAACAUUCUUUACUUGGGUUUCACCUGCAAACUACACACUGGAAAACUCUUACAAGAAAUUGUUCAAAAACAAAAAUUGCUCCAAGAACUAUGUCCUCAUCAAACAAACUUAGCUUCUGCUGACCUUUCCUUCUUGCGUCCCACUCCCUCCCUCGCUCGCAUCACCCUCAUUUACUUCUCUUUGGGGCUAAUGAUGGCAUGCGACGACUUGAUGUACUCCUAUGGCCUAUCUUACCUCCUCGUCUCCACCUUCUCCCUCAUUUGCGCCACUCAGCUUGCCUUUCAUGCUAUCUCCUCCUACUUUCUCAAUUGGCAAAAGUUCACCGAUUUGAUACUGAACUCCGUCGUUCUCCUUACCUUCUCUGCCGCUCUCCUCGUAGUAAGUUCCAACUCUAAGUACUCCGAUGAAUCCGAGCACAACUAUGCACUUGGUUUUGUACUGACAAUGGGGGCUUCAGCCACCUUCUCGCUCGUUCUCUCCCUGAUGCAACUGACUUUUCAAAAGGUGCAGAAGAGGAAGACCUUUGCAGUUGUAUUAGAGAUGCAGAUUUAUGGCAACACGGUCGUUGCAUGUGUUUCAGUGGUUGGGCUUCUUGCUAGUGGGGAGUGGAGGAGCUUGAAGGGAGAAAUGGAAGUUUAUGGCAGUAGGAGGGUGUCCUACGUGAUGACUUUGGUUUGGAUUGCCGUAUCAUGGCAAGUAGCCUCUGUUGCAACCGUGGGACUGAUCUUUGUGGUGUCUUCAUUGUUCUCUAAUGUGAUCAGCACCCUUUCUCUGCCUGUGGUUCCAAUCUUUGCAGUAAUCUUCUUCCAUGACAAGUUGGAUGGAGUGAAAGUGGUGGCCAUGUUGAUUGUGUAAGGACCGUGCGGGCAUGUGU